AAACAACAACUUUCCACUCCUCUUUUCUCAAGAAAAUCAACUACUGAACAAUGUCCGGACGCGGCAAGGGCGGCAAGGGACUCGGCAAGGGCGGCGCUAAGCGUCACCGCAAGGUUCUUCGUGACAACAUCCAGGGCAUCACCAAGCCCGCUAUCCGUCGUCUCGCACGUCGUGGCGGUGUCAAGCGUAUCUCCGGCCUCAUCUACGAGGAGACCCGCGGUGUCCUCAAGGUGUUCCUCGAGAACGUCAUCCGUGACUCGGUCACCUACACUGAGCACGCUCGCCGUAAAACCGUGACUGCCAUGGAUGUCGUGUACGCUCUUAAGCGCCAGGGCCGCACUCUGUACGGCUUCGGCGGAUAAGCGCAUUUCGCUUAGUGUUUCAGGUCGCUUCGGCAGCCUAAACAGCAACUUUACCAUCACUGGCUGCUUUUUGAGCUAGCCUUUGUUGCGAGGAGCUCUGAUUCCUCACUCUUCACCUGGUGUUUUUUAACACCACCCUUUUCAAAAGAAUCUGUGUUUCU